UGAAGAUUUGGACGGUGACUCAGCACACCAUCUCUCUCUCUUCUUUCCCAUUUGCUAUAAAUACCCCUCCCUGCCACCUCCUCAAAUCCCCUGCUCUGCUCUUUCUAUUACACCUCUCAAAAUUCUGAUAUUUCCAAUCACCAAAACAAACUUCUCUUCCAUUUCAUUUCAUUUCAUUUCCAUUCCCACUUCAAUGGAUUCUCGCUGCAAAACUCCGUUUGAUUGCCUCAUUUUCGAUUUGGAUGAUACUCUGUAUUCUUCCAAGCUUGGAAUUUCCGAAGCUUUAAGAAAAAAUAUCGACGAUUUUCUAGUGGAGAAAUGCGGAUUUGCAGAGAACAAAGCUUCAAGUCUUCGAGUUGAACUUUUCAAAACUUACGGCAGCUCUCUCGCCGGUCUCCGGGCAUUAGGCUAUGAUAUUGAUGCAGAUGACUAUCAUAGUUUCGUGCACGGGAAAUUGCCGUACCAUUUGAUCAAGCCUGAUAAUCAAUUACGAAAUAUUUUACUAAGCAUUCCUCAAAGAAAACUAAUAUUCACUAAUUCGGACAGGAAUCACGCGAUGAGGUCCUUGAAAAGAAUAGGAAUUGAAGAUUGUUUUGAACAAAUUAUAUGCUUUGAAACAAUGAAUCCAAAUCUAUCCAAAUCGACUCGUCCCGACGAGUUUCCUGUUCUUCUCAAGCCAUCAAUUGACGCUAUGAAGAUUGCUCUCCAUGUCGCUCAUAUCGAUCCCUCUCGCACUUUAUUUCUCGACGACAACACUCGUAAUGUGGCAGCAGGAAAUGCUCUGGGAUUACGGACCGUGCUGGUCGGUAAAACAGUGAAAAGUAAAGAAUCUGAUUAUGCUGUGGAGAGGGUAAUUAAUCUACCUCAAGUGAUUCCUGAAAUUUGGAUGAGAGGAGAGGAUCUGGAUGAUGAUAAUCAAAGAAUCAAUCGAACUAGAAGUGAAAUGGAUUUAGCUCUUGCAGCCACACCAGUUGGAGCUUAAUCUGGUCAAAAUUCGCAAUUGGAUCCUUGUAAUUAACUUUUCUGUCAAGUAUUUGGGUACAUAUAUUACCAAAAUUUUGAUGGAGAAGAAAUCCAUCCAAAAUUUUGAUGGAGAAGAAAUCCAUCAAAUGUGCAUAUGUGUUGUUUCAUGUGUAAAUUGUAUGUUUAUUACUAUAUAAAUAAAAAAAUUGUAUCUCCUUUCCUUUUGUA